AGAGAUUCCCCAAUUCACGAUGACGUUGUUUUCCCGCCGAUUUACCACGAGAAUCUCGUAGUCGAUUCUUCCAUCUAUGGAGUCGAUACGUAUCUCGAAUCUCCGUCGGAAUCCUCGUCUCCGUCGUCUUCAUCGAGACACUCUGGUUCUUCUUCUUCUUCUUUUUCGUUGUUCCCUUCUGAUUCAGAUGUAUUACCAUCUGAAUUCGACCGCAAGUCUCCGUCGGAAACUGAACAGAAAUCUCCGCCGUUACUAUUAGUCGUCGGUGAAUCUCCACCGUACGAUUCAGACAAACAACCAAAAUCUCCGCGAGUUCCCUCUAAACAAGGCGGCGGCGAUUCAGACGGGAAACAAUUGAAUCGUGAAAUUGAUGUCUUUGGAGAUUGGUGGGAGCUUCUU